UUGUUGAUGAUUUAUUUAAUUACAGAAAAGAUAUAAUUAAAAUUAAAUAAUUCUAUUUAAAUAAGUUAAAAUGUGUAUUAAAACUUGUUUCACAUAGAUUAAUACUAACUGCGAAUUGAUGAAAUAUGUGAAGAUUCAAUACGAUACAGAAAACGCGCCGGUAACCUCACAUUUACAUAAUGACUGAAACAUCCUGCUAUAUCCUCGACAAUGGGGCUUACACAGCCAAAGUGGGCUUUUCAUCGAUGGAGCCGAAGGUAGUGCCUAACUGUAUAAUGAAGGCUAAGUCGGAAAGACGUCGUCCGUUCAUAGGAUCGCAGAUAGACGAAUGCCGUGAUGCAUCGGGUCUGUUUUACAUAUUGCCCUUUCAAAAAGGUUUUCUGAUCAACUGGGAUACACAAAAGACUGUUUGGGACUACAUGUUUAGCAAGGAAUGCUGCCCCGUCAACUUCAACGAAACUCCUUUGAUUGUGACCGAACCAUUAUACAAUUUUGCGUCUAUACAGGAGGCUAUGACCGAAAUUUUUUUUGAAGAGUAUGAAUGUCAAUCGUUACUAAGGGUAAACGCGACUGAUUUGGCCGAGUACAACUACCGGAAGAGCCAUAACAACCAAUGUACGGUAGUCAUUGACUCAGGUUAUAGUUAUACGUACAUAGUUCCGUACAUAAAGGGUAAGAAGUACAGAGAGGGUAUCCGUAGGAUUGAUGUGGGUGGUAAAGUGUUAACGAAUCAUUUGAAAGAAAUUAUUUCGUACAGACAGCUGAAUGUAAUGGACGAGACUUAUGUAAUCAAUCAAGUGAAAGAAGAUUCGUGUUUUGUGUCUCAGGACUUUAUGGCCGACAUGGAGCUUGCAAGGAAGAAAGCUCCACAAAACACAAUAGUACGUGACUACGUCCUACCCGACUACACAUCACUCCGGCGCGGCUAUCUUCGUGAAAUCGUCAAACCUGACGAGGAACUGGAACAACAGACCUUACGGCUUAACAACGAACGGUUCUCCAUCCCCGAGCUGCUGUUCCACCCCUCAGACGUUGGCAUCCCCCAGAUGGGGAUCCCUGAAGCUGUAAUCCACGCGAUUGACGCUUGCCCGGAGGAGAAUAAAGAAAGUCUGCUAGAAAACAUAGUCAUGUAUGGAGGCAAUACAUUGUUCCCAGGUUUUAGAGACAGAGUGUACAAUGAAGUGAGAAGUCUGGCGUUGGACCACUUUGAUGUUAACGUGACGUUGGCUGAGAAGCCGUUGACUUAUGCGUGGGAGGGUGGGAAGAAGAUUUUCAGAGAUCCAGACUUCUACUCUUUUUGUAUGACGAAAGAAGAGUACGAGGAAGAAGGGAAGGCGCUGGCGUUCGAACGGUUUGAUAUAUAACGGAGGAAGCGAGCGAGACAGGAGUAGUGGUGUCUCGCUCGUUAAAUGUUGAUUUGGAUUCUUGUUGGAAUUGAACAAUGGAACGAUACGAACUUGUGUGCUGCAUGUGUUUUAUAGAAGCAUUAUAGUUAGUAAAUAACAGGAACAGAAUAAAAAAAUAUCAUCAUUCUCCUGGCGGUUUUCCGGGCCGCAGUUUAAACUGUCGUGGUCAAAAUUCCGUGAACAAUAACACCAAAAAAUAAGAAAGAGGUGAAUUUAGUUCAAUACCUACUUUAAAAAUACUUUUUUUUAAUGUGCUUACAGCAGAACGUGGCCUGUUAGACUGUUGGCUCUGUCUACGUAUAAUUACGUCUUUAUCUCUUACGGGGUAGACAGAUGAAAUAUCAAAUCAUUUUUGUCACCACCAUGUUUUAGUGAAAUAAAUACUCUAAGAUUCUAUGAUAAAAAAGAAGACUGGCACACUGUAAAACAAGAAAAAAAAAUGACAACGUCACGUCGUCGAACUCGAUAGCAGACGUCAAGCAACCGAAAAACUAACUUAUUGUAAAUUAUUAGCUAUGUUCCAAUAUAUGUUACGUGUUCCCGUGUUCCCACGCAUCGCCAGGAUGACUUUCGGAGAACCGAGAAAUUUGUCAACCACCGCAGUCGUCAGAAACCAACCACGCAGCUUGGUCAAAUUAAAAAAAUUGCAACAAGACUUCCAGUGCGAAGAUGGAAGGCCGAUUUGGCUGAAAGCUGGUUUUCUCGACAG